AUCAAUUAUCUUUUCCAAGAAAUGGCAGCUUCAGACGAUGAGGACCUUGAGGCCUUGCGUCUUGCAGCUCUCGCAACAAUUAAAAAUAAACCGCUGGAAGAGCAAGAACCUCAGGGAAUUCAGGUAUUGAGGACCGUCGGACACACCAACACUCAGGUCAACCAGCCUUUAAGACAUGAUGACAACCCUGACUUCAGUGGAUUGCCACCUCAGUGGCAUCAGCCUUCAUUUUCUCCAUUAACUGGCCAGACAUUUGGAGGGUCUCAUUUUGGCAAGCAGUACCAACCAGCUCCUCGGGGGAGAACAUUCAACAGGGGGUAUCCCCAAUGGGGGUUUGGUGGGCGUGGGCGCGGGGGGAGAGGCAGAAGCUGGGGGUUCCAAGCACAACCCUCAAGGUUCCAAGCACAACCCUCAAGGUUCCAAGCCCAACCCUCAAGGUUCCAAGCCCCACCACUGCAGCCAAAUAAUGCUCUUAUUGUUAUAAAGGUUGCAGGCCAGGAAGAGCCAACCCAACCACCCCCUGUGCAGCCCCGCCCCUCAGAGUCAAGAUCCCUCCUGCUUCGCCCCCAGGACAAGUGGGCAGGAGCCAAAGGCAGUCAGGCAAUGGCCACGGAGACAGCCAGUAAACCUAAAGACACAUCAAAGUUUGGUCGCUAUGCGGAUGACUCUGAAAGUGAAGAUGAAGAAGAGAGAGGCAGGAGACGUCGACAGGACAGUGAGUCAGAACACGUCAGUUACAACAGACAAGAUGCUGAAAGUGAUGAUGUAGUUGUGGAGGUACAUAAGACAGAUGCUGAGGUUCAUAAUGAACUAGAUGACAAAACGUCGAAGGUUGAUAAUGCAGAGAAACUCGCCAAUGAAGCUGGGACUACCAAUGGCAAUGAACCUGAGAAAAUGAAUGAAAGUCUUGCAUAUAUUUCUGAUAUUGUGCUUGAUGCUGGGACUGAAAGUAAUGCUCCUGGUCAAGAGACAGCUAGGGAAGACUCUGCAAAUACCUCUCAAGAUUCUAAUGUCCCUAGUAGUUCUGUUAUAGACACAACAGCUGGUUCAGAUCUUGAUAAUGUGGCUGUGGUCUCUUCAACAAAUGAUCUAGAUAUUUCAGCGAGCAAUUCUGUGCUUGACGUUUUGAAGCAAGAUGAUAGUGUUUCAAACUCUUAUUCUUCUUUCAGUAGAUUCAAUAGACGCAGAAAUCGUUCGGACUCAGAAAAUUCAGAUGAUUCUGAAGUUGCAAGUCUUCCAAUUAGCAGGAAAAGUUCAUUUAGUGGUUCAGGUAGUCAGUCAAAUUCCCGUUCAAAUUCUCGAGCUUCUACAAGCUCGAAUGUUAGUAAAAUCAAUAUGGACAUUGAUAGUGACAAUGAUAAGUCAGCUGGUUCUGACAAUGAGAGUGAGAUGUUGGACAACUUAGAAAAUAAAUCUGCAGCAAGUGAGGUGCCUGAGACUAAUAUUGAUCAUUCAAAAAAGAAGACAAUCAAUAAUGCAAAGAAUUCUGACAAAGGGAAUACAGAUACAGCCAAACCCUGCCAGAGGGCACGGCAGUAUUCAAACUCACCAAAACAUUCAGUUACGUCUUCAUCAUCAUCAGAAUCAUCAUCUGAGUCAUCCUCAGACUCAUCAUCAGAUUCAGAGUUGUCUUCGUCUUCAAAUUUAUCUGACUUACAGAAUAUAAGAUCUCAAUUACAAACCAUGAAAUCGAAAUCAUUAUCACACAAAGAAAAGCCCAUUGCACAAAGGGCUUCACAUAAAUCUCUCCAUCAAGACUCAGGCAAUAAGAAUACAAUCACAAAAACAAGGUUUAAAGAUGAUAAUAAGCAAACUAGUCAUAGUAGGGCUGAACAGACAAGAAGAGGAGCAAGUGAUAGGAAAAUAUCUAGCAAUAAGCAUACUGUCCCUGAUAAAUACAGUGACACUGGUAGGCAUAUGGUCGAUGAAAAACUUAAAAUCCAUCAACGUCAACCGGAUAAGGAUUUAGAUAACAGAAAGGAUGCAGAGAGGAGUAGUAAUUACAAGGCAGAAAUACUGAAGAAAAGAAAAGACUUUCACAACCACAAGGGAAAGAGGGAUUCUUCCAGUGAAAGACCAAGGAGUGAUAAAUCUCACUCAUUUGAAGGCAGAAAGACUUUGAAUAGAAAGGAGUAUGAUGUUAAAGCAGAUCCAGAGUUUGAUGCUGCAAACUACAGAGAUGAUAAAGUAAAACCAUCUGUACAUAAACAAAGAAAGGAUGACAGGAAUUAUGCCAGCAGAAUAGGGACUGAGUGUGAGGAAGUCAACAAGAAUGUGAGACAUUUUAAAGAUAUUGAACAGUUGAAAAACAAACAUUCUGACAGAAAUGAAAAGGCUGAUAUCAGAAAAUCUCAUUUUGACAGGAGCUCAAAGACUGAUGAAGUUUAUGAUCUAAAACAUGAAAUGAAACAAGAACUUGACCGAAAGGAAAAGAAAGAAAGAGCUUUCGUUGAAAAAGAUACAAGAAAAAGUAAAAACUACCCUAGAAGCUAUAAGGAUGAUGCAAGACAGUUUAGAAGUAGUAGUAGUAGUGCUAAAGUAAGAAGUGAUGAAAGGUUGGCUAAACAAGAAUCCUAUGACUCAAAAACCAGAAAGGUGUCUAAUAAAGAUGAGAGGAAAGCAAGGAAGAAAAGUGUUGAUGCAAAGCUUAAGAAGUUGGAUGAUAGUGACAUGCAUUCUGAUUCAAGUGAUGUGAGUGAUAAGAGUGUGUCUAGUCUCAGUGAUAUAAGCAGUGACUCAGAGUCUGAAUCAUGGAGAAACAAGAAGAGAGGUGUAACAAGGAAUGAAACAGACAUUGAACUGGAAAAACGGAGAAGAAAAAUGCAAGAAAGAGACGAGAGAAUGAAAGAGGACAGUAGGAGUAAAAGUGCUCAUAUUGGAAAGAAAAACAUUGAGGUUGGAAAAAGUAGGAGUGGUAUAGAUGAAGGUCGAUAUAGGCAAAGGGAAAGGGAUUUUCUUUAUGAAAGGGCUGGAAAAAGGGACAGAGGAGAUAAGUACAGAGGUAGGACGGUAGAUACAGGUAGACAGGCCACGAAGAGUGAGAGCUAUCUGGAUAAACAAACUCACUUUGGCGAGAGAAAUAAAGUAUUUUAUGAUAAAGAACUGAUACCUAGAAAAGGAUUUGAAGAGCUUGACUCUGAUCAAGACAGUGAUGAGGGUAAACCAAAGAGAGGUAUAGUGAGUGUUAUAAGGAACAAAAAAUCUAAACCUGAUAUUCCUAGUCUUCUUGACCUUAAAGUUUCUAGGCCACGACCGCAAGAAGAAAUGAUAGCUCAUGAGAAGAAAGGGCGGCUAAUCAUAGAAGUAGCCAAAUCUGAUGACAAUGAAAGCUGUGAUGAAAAGAGUAAGUCAAAGAAAAGAAAAAAAGGGAAACACAAAGUGAAACUUGAGAAGAGGAAGAGAUUGGAAGCAGGAAGUUCAAGUGAAGACAUGAGUGUUGCAAGUGACGGUGGGAGAAAGGCUCACCAAGUUGUCAACGCUAUCUUCCAAGAUGUGGGCUCUGGUUCAGAGAAAGCAAAACUCUCCAUAAAAGACAGACUUGGUAACAAAAAGAAGACAACAGGAGAUGUCAGGUCUAGAGUACAAGAUGCCAGACCAGAGUCACAUGGCAAAUGGUCAAGGUCACCUGAGGUCAAGAUCAAAAGGUCAACAUCAGCUGGGAAAAAGGAGCAAGACAGUGGAAAAGAGAAGCAUAAUAAAGGAGCGAAAAAACGCAAGGUGGCUGAAUCAGGCGAUGCAGAUGAUGCGCUGAACCGCCACAUUGCGAAGAUUAAGGAGCGUAAUGCCCAGAUUCUGGCGCGGCGACAGGAAGUGGAGGAAGACAGACAGCGAUACGGUUGAUAUCCACAUGGUCUUGGAGAGGGGGAGGGGUUUUGUGACACGAGGCCUAUAAUUUAAUGAACAAUAACAGACAGGCGGGUCGGGGAGUUCUUGGCAGAUAAGGUUUCAAUUGUUUAUCAUUAAGCCUCACUUUGAGUGUAUACCUUUGCUGAAGUAAUGAUGAGUCUGUAGAAUCAAUCAUAAAAAUCUUAAAGUAAAUGAUAAUUAACUACAUUAUAAUCAGCCAAUAUUUUGUUGAAGGUCGGGUAAGUAAGAUACACUAGCUAUAUUGCGUUUAAGUGCUUGUGAAAUAUUCCUGGUGACAGAAAUCAUCUGACUCGGUGAAAAAACUCCCAAAAUGGACAUCACCAGCCUACAGAGUAUAUAACAGUGACAGCCAGUGUGUGACAUGACAUCUUCAUUUGUAUAGCUUAUAAUGUGUGAAGUUUGUAUUGCAUAAUUAUUAUAUACCACAUUCUUUUUCAAAUGAUUUCACUUUUCUAAUCAUCAUAUUUUUGAGCUGAGAGCUUUGUGUAAAUACUUCAUUUAUAUCAACCCAGCCAAAAAGAAAGUUACAACUUGCCAAUUUUCCCCAUAGAAUAUACAUUAUUCAUAUGUUUCUUAUUUAAUUAAUUUUUCGAUGCAUCACCUGUUUAAUUGCUUUUUACUACAUUGCAUUGAAACAAGUAGGUGUGAGGUUGACAAGUCAUUAAAAUUUCUGAUUAAACCCAUUUAAAUGGCUAUUUCUUCUUUUACCAUGCUUGCACAAACCUUUUAAAAUGCAGCUAAUGAGGAUGUCCUUAUUCCUUGUAGAAGCAAGCAAUUUGUUUUUUAUGUACAUGUAUAACUUGUAUGUCACUAGAUUAAUUAUCAUAAUUAGGAAGAGCAAUGUUUUGAUAUUAAUGAUUAUUAAUGAUUUGCUGACGUUCUGAACUUCUCAGUUUAAAUUAAGUUUUUCAUUGUUCUUAUUUCAAGAAAUAUGCCCCAUUUUAUUCAUGCGAUAUUCUGUAUACAUGUAUUUUGAAUGGAGUAAUUUCAUGAAAUUAUUUCAUUGGUAUACUUUCUGUCUGUUUAACAAUCAUCACCAUGUAUUGAUGAAUAUGGUAAGAUAUUGACUGCAAUUUCAAUAGUCUUUGCUAUAUUGUUUAUUUAUCAUGUAAAGCAAAACGUUAUUACAUUUUUACAUAGUGUAUAGCUGUUUGAUACACAUCUGAUACACACAUGUCUUUGUGGCCAUCUUAUUAACAAUCAUAUUGUAUGAUUGCUUUUUUUAAUCAAUAAUUGUUUGUAGUAAGAAUACCAAUUUCUCAGUUCAAACAUAGUUUAUUUGCUUUUGCAAGUGAAUUUUAUAAUUCAAUUUGUAACACUGACAUAGAAUCAAUGUUAAAUUCCUGAUCUAAGGAUAUGUGGUCAUACGCUCAUUUUGUUUUUAGGACAUCAGGUUUUAUUAUUGUUUAUUAUUCUUCCGUGACAUUGUUUGAUAUUCCUCAGUGUAUGCUUAUUGAACAUAUUUGCAUAUGCUAUGUUAACCCUUUAAAAUCAUGUUUUCCCAUUAUUUCAAGUUGACAGCCUCUCGAUAUUAUUGUUUGUUUGUCAGCAGUGUAUGUGAAAAAUUGGUAUAUUUCAGGGAAAAAAUGAACGUUUUAAUCUAUCUUAAUCAAGGAGAAGCAUUUAAGGGAACAAAUUAGUCCGGGUUUCUAGCAUGCAUGCUUUAUGUAAGCACAUUAAUCUUCACAUAUAAUACGCCAAACCACCCUGAUGUAAAUUUUCAUAUAAACUGUUCAACCAAUGGAGAUAUUUUCUAGUCACAAGAUAACUGUUGACAAACAAAUGCUCAAUGGACUUUGGGAUUCAAUGUUUUCUUUUAUUGAGCAAAGUACAUGUAAGAAAGAUCAAAAGUGGUCGUUAUCAGAUUUAGCAUAUUACCAGUUGAUUAUUUUUUUCUAGAUCUUCAACCUUGCCAGACUUUGAAAAAAAAAUAUUAGAGAAAAUAUUUCUUGUAUCUCAUGAGCAAAAAUACAGAAAUGCCCAGACAUGAUAUAAGCACAUUCUAGAUGAGUGGAUUGAUUAUUGAGUCAAGUAGAAUGCUGUCUGUCAUGUUUGUUCACCAUUGUUAUUGUAAUAAUACAAUUUAUCUGACUCUCCUCUUCUAAUUAGCUUCUUUAUUAGCAUGUCAGCAGUGAAUGAUUUCUGUUUAUCAAAGAAAUAAAGCCUAUGUUUAUGUUUAACCUUGGUGGUGUUGACAAUCCUGUACAAUGAAGGACAACAACUUGGACAUUAGUGAUAUACUGUUUAACUUUGCAUGCAUGUUUUCCAAUGCCAAGUGUAUACUUAUAUGUUACAAGGCCCUGCACUCUGUCUGGCUAAAAUUGUUAAGUUGUUCCCCUUGGCUGACAGAAACUGUCAACCAAUGGCACGUAAAUGUUGUACUCUAGUGUCUACGUGCAAAUCUAGAAAUUACAUCCCACAAUAUAUCUGUAAACUUGGUGUUUUAUUGACGGGGCUUAGAUUUGUGAAAUACAUUGAAUCAAACCUGAAACUUGGUGUCAAAAUUGUUAAUGUGUAACUGUUGUUUGUGACAUUAGUUUUAGUUGUACACAAUAAUGCACCAGUCAAUUGUAACCAUGGUCCACCCAGGUCCGGGGGUAUACCAGGGAUAGCCUGGGAAAUGGGCAGUGUUUUUACCUUCCAGGUGGCCCCGCAGUGCCGGAUGAAUGCAGUGGUUUUGUCUUCAGGCCAAAAGUAGAGGGGAAUGGGCCUUAACCAGGGUCCCUGAGGUGCGGGGGCAUUUGGCGGGGAUUUUUCCAGCAGUGUGUUUUUACCAAGGCUUGGCUGGACCAAAAGUCGAAUCCCCGCUAUUCCCCGGACCUGGGGGUGGCCGUGGUUACAAUUGACUGGUGCAUAAACAUACUAAUUGUUGUAUUGUUUAGCUUGUUGAAAUUCUUAUAUCAUAUUUCAUUAUUCAUUAUAGUUAUAGCAUGUACAUGUGUACAUGUAUUAUUAUCAAAUUGUUGAAAGUUGUAUUUAAAAUAUGUUGCCAUGAGCUCUAUUUGUUCCUGUAUCUUUGACACAUGUCCAUUGACCUUUGACUUAUGUACCUGUAUCUUUGACACAUGUACCUGUAUCUUUGACAUAUGUACCUGUAUCUUUGACAUAAUUAUGUACCUAUAUCUUUGACACAUGUACCUGUAUCUUUGACACAUGUACCUGUAUCUUUGACAUAUGUACCUGUAUCUUUGACACAUGUACCUGUAUCUUUGACAUAUGUACCUGUAUCUUUGACACAUGUAUCUGUAUCUUUGACAUAAUUAUGUACCUAUAUCUUUGACACAUGUACCUGUAUCUUUGACACAUAUAUCUGUAGCAUUGACACCUGUAUCUUUGACACAUGUAGCAAUAUCUUUGGCACAUGUACCUGUAUCUUUGACACAGAUACAUGUAGCAUCGACACAUGUACCUGUAUCUUUGACGCAUGAGCCUGUAUCUUGACUCAUGUACCUGUAUCUUUGACACAUGAGCCUGUAUCUUUGACACAUGUACCUGUAUCUUUGACAAAUGUACCUGAAGCAUUGACACAUGUACCUGUAUCUUUGACACAUGAGCCUGUAUCUUUGACACAUGUACCUGUAUCUUUGACAAAUGUACCUGAAGCAUUGACACAUGUACCUGUAUCUUCGACACAUGUACCUGUAUCUUUUACACAUGAGCCUGUAUCUUUGACACAUGUUAUUUCUGAUGGAUGACGACACUACCAAAUAAGUACACUUUAGUGUAAAUGAAGUAAAACUGUUGUUAUCUGUAUAAUAAAUGAAGUUGCAUCUAUGAAGUUUCCAAGUGGAUAUUAAGCUCUCUAAACCAUCAAAUUACUAUUUGUAAUAUACAUUUUAGAUGGGAUGUCAAUACAAAUUUUAUUAUACUCUUGCUGUAAUUGAUAAAAAAGAUGAAAGCUUGGAAGACACUUUGGGACUUCUUAGUGCGGCAGCUGCAGUACUCUGUUUCUGAUCAAUAACUUUUAAACAACUUGGUAUAAAGUCUUCAAACUUGAUAUUCACAUAAGUCAGUGUCAGUAGAUGGCUUCUAUUGAUUUAGGGGUGAAUAGAUAUAAGAAUAAGGUCAUGGUGGUAAUCUUUACUAGUAAGAUAACUAGGUGUUCAUUCCUGUUCAACAACGUUUUAAUGACUUUGUGAAUCGUCUUCAAAUUUAGUAUGCAUAUUAGAUAUAGACAGCAGAUGACCCCUUUUUGGGGGGCAAGGGGUCAAAAGUUAUAACCAUUUCUGGAAUCGAACUGGGCACUCCUUAUAGGCACACAUCCAAUUCAAGGAACUCUGGUUUAAUUGAAUAACUAAUCAUGUCAGAAUGCCAUUUUGAUCUGAAUAAAACUUGUAUACAGUCGAAUCCCAUUGGCUUGAAGUCGCUUGGCUUGAAUUCCUUGUAGGCUUGAACUUGUUUUAGAGGACCGAUUUCUUUAAACUGAAGGUCAACAAUCCCGCUUGGCUCGAUUCUCAAAGUAUUUUCAAGUCAACGGGGUUCGACUGUAGUUUCAAUAGGUUUUCAUUCAAUGAUCAUAGUAUUAUGGUAAUUACUGUUUGAAUUAAAAUUGUUGUUUUUUUAAAUUGUUUGAUUUUAUAUAUAUAUAUAGAAGGACUUUUCAAAAAUGAGUUUGCAAAUUUUACAGCUAUUUUUUUUAUGAUAAAGUGUUGUUUUUGUGUAUGCGUUUUGCCAUUUCCCCAGUAUUUUGAGCUUAUUCAGCAAUGGCCAUUCGUCAAAUCAACUAAGUCUUUAAAAUAUUUCUCUAGGUAUAUACUCCUUAGGGUAUAUAAACCUUCAGGGUAUGUACUCAUCAAGGUAAAUCCUUCCCCACCCACUUUUGCACUGUAGAAGGCUAAAGAGUCAAAAUUGAACUAUAGUCUUAAUUUUUGUAUUAUUAUUAUAAAUAUUUGUAUAAUAAAUGAUCUUGGAAAGUUUAUGUAUCAAUAGGAUAGAAAGUGUACAGCGAACUUAUGCCUCUACUUCAUAUCUUUUUUCUGAACCAUUCGACUGAUAAUAUAUGUGAAGGAAUCAAAGUUUCCGUUUUGUCCUUGUCCCCCCCCCCCCCCCCCCCCUUGUAGUUCUUAUCAAGCAGAUGGACAACAAUAACAGUUUUUAGGAAGCAUUAUACCACCUGAUUAACUAGAACAUCGCCUGGGCCUAUGAUUAUAACUGAUUUUAACUUCAUUUGCUCAGAAUCUUGGCAAAUGAUUCUUAGCUCAAAAUACUGUGAAAAUUUGAUUUGCCCAAAUAUGUAUACAUGUAGGCUCAAAAUACUAUGAAAAUGAUGUUUGUCCAUGUGUAUAAAGGCUCAAAAUACUGUAAAAAUGGCGUAUGACCAAUUUCGUAUUGGCUUAAAUACUGUGGAAAUGCAAUUGACCAAUUUUGUAUUGGCUAAAAAUACUGUGAAAAGUGCGUUUGCCUGUGUAUGUUUGAAAUCAGGAUGGCAUACAUAUAAUUGUUGUUUUAAGUGUAAAUAAAGAACCAGUAUUCAACCAUGCAUGUAAAUGAUUGUGUAUAAGUUACUUUCUGUGACACAUGUGAACGUUAUAUCUGUAAAUAAAUCGUUUAGGACUUGACGGUUGUUGUAUAUAAAUGUGAUUUUUACUGAUGAAACUACGGUCUUUCACAUUUGCAAUAUAUAUUUGUUACAUGUUUUUAUCUUUUCGCAGGGUUGUACAUCAGAUGUCUGAAGAGAUUGAAGAAAAGGAAGAAAUAAAACGUGAACUAUU